AUGGCAGUUGAGUUAUCUGAGAAGUUAAAUUUAGAUAAUCAUCUAAUUAGAACUAAGAAAGUUCUUUCUAUUCAAUCUCAUGUAGUACAUGGAUACGUUGGUAAUAAAGCAUCAACCUUUUCAUUGCAAUACAAAGGUUGGGAUGUAGAUGCAUUGAAUACUGUUCAGUAUUCUAAUCAUCCAGGGUAUGGUCAAUUUAGUGGGUUUAAAACUGAUUCUAAAGAUAUCAGUAAUAUUUUCCAACAAGGACUUAUAUCAGGUUUAGAGAUACAAUACGAUGCUAUCAUAACUGGUUAUAUUCCAGAUAUUAAAAGUUUAGAGUUCUUAGGUGAAGAGAUAUCUUCAUUGCGUGAGAUAUGUGAUACUUUAAAGUGGAUUUUAGAUCCUGUCUUGGGGGAUAAUGGGAAGAUGUACUUGGCUGAAGGUAUCAAGACAACCUACAAGAAUAUCUUAUCUUCUAGCAAGAUAUAUUUAACUACACCCAAUCAAUUUGAAAUGGAAAUGCUUACUUCUAUGAAGAUUAAUGACAUAUCAUCGUUACGACAGGCAUUUGUAAUCUUUCAUGAAUUAUAUCCAAGAGUUGAGAAUAUAGUAGUUACAGGUAUUGAAAUCAAUUAUAGAGAAAAUGGAUACAUUACAGCAGCGUGCUAUGCUGGAGAUGAAUUCACUACCACCAACAACACCUCAAAUCAAUUGCAUAUUAGUGGAUAUGUAGUACCAAAGAUUCCAGCACAAUUCAGUGGCAGCGGUGAUCUAUUCACAUCUUUAAUUAUGAAUGAAAUGAUAACUAAAUCAAAUAUUGCCUCAACAGAUCCUAAUGAAACCCUUUCUAGAAAACUAGAUAUAGCAUUAAAUCAAACACAAGCAAUUUUACAAAGAACUUAUAAUCAUUUCAACAACAGAAUAGUCGAUGGUGAUAUCAAUAAUAAUUCAACUUUAAAGAUUAAUGAUUUAAGAUUGAUUCAAUCUAGGGAUAUCUUAUCCAAUAACAAAUUUGAAAACUUCAAAUUCGAACAUAUAACCAUCUGA